AUGAACUGCUGGACUGAAAAAGAAACUCCAACCACUUUGGUUCUCUUUGAUGUGGAUGGAACUCUGACUCCUGCUAGAAAAGUUAUUUCUCCUGAGCUCAAGGAGUUACUCCAACAGCUUCGUAAAAAGGUUGUCAUUGGGUUUGUUGGUGGAUCUGAUCUAGUCAAGCAACAGGAACAGUUGGGUGAAAAUGCUGUCGACCUGUUUGACUAUGCAUUUUCUGAAAAUGGUUUGACCGCAUUCCGCAAGGGAGAGCGUCUUCCCUCUGAAAGCUUCCUUUCGUAUCUUGGAGAGGAAAAAUACAAACGACUGGCCAACUUUAUUCUUCGAUAUAUCGCUGAUCUGGAUCUUCCUAAAAAGCGAGGCACUUUUAUCGAGUUUCGAACUGGCAUGAUCAAUGUAUCGCCAAUCGGUCGUAACUGCAGCCAUCCAGAAAGAAGCGAGUUUGAGGCUCUUGACAAGACAACCAAUGUGAGAACCAAGUUUAUUGAGGCACUCAAAGCCGAGUUUGCUGAUUACAAUCUGUCGUAUACUAUUGGUGGUCAAAUUUCAUUUGACGUUGUUCCCAAUGGUUGGGACAAGGCAAGUACCUACUGUCUCAAGCAUGUUGCUAAUGACCAUUUCAAGGAGAUUCACUUUUUUGGUGACAAGACAGACAAGGGAGGAAAUGAUUUUGAAAUCUACACACACCCGAGCGUCAAGGGACAUAGUGUCAAGUCGCCUGCAGACACUGAGAGGAUUCUCAAGGAACUUUUUUUUAAAAGCUAG